AUGAAACGGACACAUCUCAGGACUCUGUGCAGAAUGAUUUCGACUCGCUAUAACGUCGCAAAUUUACGCUAUACGCAUUGCAGAAGAGUUGUUACUGUUAUGGGCAUCGAAACCAGUUGUGAUGAUACGGCAGUAUGUAUUUUGAACAGUGACAGGAAGAUUCUCAGUUCUCGUCGCUAUGCAGAUCGCGAAGUACAGAAAAGACUAGGUGGAAUUUGUCCAGCUGCAGUGGCUGACCAGCACCGUUCGUACAUCGAUCUGUUUGUUGACGAAUGCUUAGAUGAAAGUCGAGUGAGACUUUGUAAUCUGGACGGUAUAGCGGUGACAACACAACCUGGUCUGGUCAUCUGUCUUCGAGUUGGUACCGAAAAAGCUAUCUCUUUGGCAAGAAAAGGUUGCAUACCGCUUAUACCAGUUCAUCACAUGCAAGCACAUGCAACGGUGGCUACUUUGAUGACAGAAAUACCUUAUCCAUAUGUGUCUGUUCUGAUUUCUGGUGGGCACUCAAUAAUAGCUGUAACUAAUGGACCGGACGACUUUGAAGUUCUGCUGACCAGUAUGUGUGGUAGUCCUGGCGAAUGCAUGGAUAAAAUUAGUCGAGCACUUCAUUUCGAGGAACCGGAGUUGCUUGGUUUACAUCCGGGAGCUGCCCUUGAAGUGAUAGCGUCAAGAUCGUCCGUGGAUGGUUACAAACGGUAUCCAAUCGAUGUAAACAAAUUUAUGAAAAUGGCUUUACACUUCAACUUUUCAUGGAUCAAGACCACGUACCUGGCUAUGAUUUCGAGGCAGAGCAUUCUCAGUGUCCCUGAUUUUUGUGCAAGCGUUCAGCAUUCCAUCGCGAACUAUUUGGCUGAGAAAUUAAGCUGUUGUCUACAAUACUUGAAUGAUUCCAAUAAGAUCCCAUCCCGUAAUCGUUUGGUUUUCGUCUCUGGCGGUGUUGCUUCCAACAAAUAUAUAUUAGCUAGAUUUAAUAAUGUUUGUGAACCUCUUGGCUACAGUGUCUAUGCUCCUUCACAGUUUUAUUGUUGCGACAAUGCAGAAAUGAUAGCAUGGAAUGGUAUACAAUUGCUAGCAAAACGGACAGUUUCCGUUAUAACACCUGAUAAAAUACCUACAGAUAUCUUUGUUUCGUCACGAUGUCCUAUCGGCGUCGAUAUUUCUUCAAAUCUUCGGAAAUAUCUAGGUAUGCCUUGCGAAACGCCGGCAGAAGCAGCAGAAAGGCGUAAUAUUUCACUUAAAUCAUAA